AUGCAGUUCCACGUCAAACGCACACUCGAGGGCGGCGAUGACAUCAAAGGCUACGAGCUGCCCUCAUGGGCGCUGCUAGUCUUCCUCGUCGACUUCUUGGCUUUGAUUCCCAUACUUCUCCUCUUCCAAUAUACCUUCAAGCUCGUCUAUCCCGUCUUCGCCAUGGUUGAAGAUGAGAACCCACCCGCCUACGAACCCGUUCCCCUCGACCAGUCUGCGUCCAGCCGCGAAGAGGGCGUCGCUCGAAACCGCUUCAAGUCCACCCAUGGCCAGCCUCGCACCGUUACGUCUUCCUUCCGCGCCGUCAACCGUCUCCUCAUGGCCAACGGCGGCGUUCUGGCCAACUUCCGCGGUUUCUUCUGCUUCCUCGCCCAGCUCUUCCUGACUUCUAUCCUCGUGGGCAUCUUCACCGGCACCCUCGGCCGCUACUUCGUCCCCGUCGCCACCCUCCUCGCCUCCUUGGCCCUGGUUCAGUACAGCACCGCCUGGGUUCACAUCAUCAUUUCUGAGCCAUCGCAUCUGCACUUUUGGUCUCGCCUGCCUCCCUUCCGACGCACAUUCGAGGCCACCUGGAAGGCCGUCACGAUUUUCUGGUUCGCCAGCGAGGUGGCUCGCUUCCUCCCCAUAUCCGUCGCUCUCAUUCUCCGCCUCAAGAUGCCCAAGGCUGCCUACAACGAACCCGUGGACAUGGACGCCCUUGGCGCCGGCUUCGUCGUCAAGUCCGUCAUUGUCACCGUUGUCACCAUUGUCACCUCUGUCUUCGUUGUCAUCCCCGCCUAUGUUGUUCUCGUCCGCGUCCAGGCCUCACUGUUACCCGUCGAGCAGAGCACCAUUAUUCCCUUUGACCGCUCCUUUGACGGCAAGGUUGAGCCCGAGAUCGUCGGUGGCAAGGGCUAUGCCACCGUCUCUGACGCGUGGACUACCUUCAGCAAGACUGCAUGGCGCCGCCUCUUGAUUCUCUACGUCAAGAUGUUCUGCCUGAGCUUGGCUGCCAUGUCCCUCAUUGUUGCUGUUCUCGUGCCUCAGGGUGUCUUUAUUGCCAAGCACAGCAGGGAGAUGCACUGA